UUUUUAGCGCUAAAACUCACAUUCGCGGCUAUUUUAGCAAUUAGCCCCGGCUCUUCCGCUACUCGAACCCCCCAAAACUACAUCUCCCAGCAUGCUCUAAAGCUGGUCUGACCUCAUUUCAAAUGGCCCCGUAGGGCAACAAGGAUGGUUAGUUUUGACCGUGCUUAUUUGUCCCAUAAAUUAUCGAUCCUAAUUGGCAGUUAUUUGGGCUUUUAUAUUUGCCGACCUCUCGUUUUUGUACCGUGGUCACUAAAUGAAGGGCUUCUGGCCUGGGAGGGCCCAUGUAUUCUUUCAAUUGGUUGGGGAGCUGGGACAGUGUCUCUGGCAAUAACGAGAAUAGGAGGGAAUGUUGACCAGGGAGCACCGCUGCGGCCGUUCAGAGGAGCAGGAACAGGAGCCCGGGCUGAGUCUGAAAAAAGCCGGAUCCAGAAGGUGGCUCCGGAACGGCUGGAAUUGGAAGAUGGAGGAGCCGGAGGAACCGGCGGACAGUGGGCAGUCGCUGCCUCCAGUGUACAUCUACAGUCCCGAGUAUGUCAGCAUGUGCGACUCCCUGGCCAAAGUCCCCAAACGGGCCAGUAUGGUACAUUCUUUGAUUGAAGCAUAUGCACUGCAUAAGCAAAUGAGGAUAGUUAAGCCCAAAGUAGCCUCCAUGGAGGAGAUGGCCACCUUCCACACUGAUGCCUAUCUGCAGCAUCUCCAGAAGGUCAGCCAAGAAGGAGAUGACGAUCAUCCAGACUCCGUAGAAUACGGGCUAGGUUAUGACUGUCCAGCCACUGAAGGGAUAUUUGACUACGCAGCAGCUGUAGGAGGGGCUACAAUCACAGCUGCCCAAUGCCUGAUUGAUGGAAUGUGCAAAGUAGCAAUUAACUGGUCCGGAGGGUGGCAUCAUGCAAAGAAAAAGUAUAAGACUCUCUUAAAGCCCUUGUCUGGAUGGAUGGAUCCCUGGUUAAGAACCCUGGCUUUGGACAAUGAAAAAUCACUGAAGAAAGCUUUAUCCAGGAGUAGAGAUGAAGCAUCUGGUUUUUGUUAUCUCAAUGAUGCUGUCCUGGGAAUAUUACGAUUGCGACGGAAAUUUGACCGUAUUCUCUAUGUGGAUUUGGAUCUGCACCAUGGAGAUGGUGUAGAAGAUGCCUUCAGUUUCACCUCUAAAGUCAUGACAGUGUCCCUACACAAAUUCUCCCCAGGAUUUUUUCCAGGAACAGGUGACGUGUCUGAUGUUGGCUUAGGAAAGGGACGGUACUACAGUGUAAAUGUGCCCAUUCAGGAUGGCAUACAGGAUGAGAAGUAUUACCACAUCUGUGAAAGUGUACUAAAGGAGGUAUACAUAGCCUUUAAUCCUAAAGCAGUGGUCUUACAGCUGGGAGCUGAUACAAUUGCUGGGGAUCCCAUGUGCUCCUUUAACAUGACUCCAGUGGGAAUUGGCAAAUGUCUUAAGUACAUCCUUCAGUGGCAAUUGGCAACACUCAUUUUGGGAGGAGGAGGCUAUAACCUUGCCAACACGGCUCGAUGCUGGACAUACUUGACCGGGGUCAUCCUAGGGAAAACACUAUCCUCUGAGAUCCCAGAUCAUGAGUUAAGGGAAAGAAGCGAGAUGAGGGCAUCUGGCUGGAGAGCCGGUACAACAUCAGCUAUGCUGCUGUCCCACCCCCAGUGCAAACCUGAUUCAAAGUUUUUCACAGCAUAUGGUCCUGAUUAUGUGUUGGAAAUCACGCCAAGCUGCCGGCCAGACCGCAAUGAGCCCCACCGAGUCCAGCAAAUCCUCAACUACAUCAAAGAGGAGAAGCUGUCAGUAGUGUCUGGAGCCCAGUGUUUGGGGAAGUGGGGCAAGAAGAAAGCUGUGGAGAGACCAAGGAAUCUGAAGCAUGUGGUCUAGUUGACAAAAAGAGAUCAGGUUUCCAGAGCUGAGGAACAGUGCCUGUAAUGAAGACAGCGUGUUUAUGCGAGCAGUGUGUGGAAUUUGUGACUGCAGGGGAAAUUUGGAAGAAAUUACUUCCUGAAAAUUUCCAAGGGGCACCAUGUGGCAGCUGGCCUCCUGGGGUGAGGCAGGCAAGCACCCCAGAGGCCUCAACUAGGCCUAGGGGAAGAGAGAGAUUUCCAGCAUUUAAAGUGUUUAUUUUUUAAAAACACACAAAUGCCAUUUUUAAUCUUCGAAAAUUAUUUUUAAGCGAGUGGGGAGGGAGUAUUUUUAUUUUCUUAAAGGAGACAUCAGAGGCUGGAGGAAAGUGUGGAGCUUGGGUCACAGGUUUGCGGGGUGGGGAGAACCAAGAGGCAGGGUUUGGGCUUCAGUACCUUCCGGAUGGAGUCUUUAGGGGAGGGGGAUGGGUUGGCAGAAUGGGAGGUGGGGAGAAAUCUACCUGUGUUGUUUUUAGGAUUAUGGAUCUAUUUUGUUUUUUAAUAAAAUCUUUGAAAACCUA